AUGGAAGCUGUUGCCAAGUUUGAUUUCAUGGCCUCCGGUGAAGAUGAACUGAGCUUCCACACUGGAGAUAUUCUGAAGAUACUAAGCAACCAAGAGGAGUGGCUCAAGGCGGAGCUCGGAAGCCAAGAAGGAUAUGUGCCUAAGAAUUUUAUAGAUAUCCAGUUUCCUGAGUGGUUCCAUGAAGGCCUCUCUCGACAUCAAGCAGAGAACUUACUCAUGGGCAAGGAAAUUGGGUUCUUCAUCAUCAGGGCCAGCCAGAGCUCCCCAGGAGACUUCUCCAUCUCUGUCAGGCACGAGGACGAUGUUCAGCACUUCAAAGUCAUGCGAGACAACAAGGGCAAUUACUUCCUGUGGACUGAGAAGUUCCCAUCCCUAAAUAAGCUGGUGGACUACUACAGGACGACCUCCAUCUCCAAACAGAAGCAGAUCUUCCUUCGGGAUGGAACCAAAGAAGAUCAGGGUCACCGGAGCAACAGCCUGGACAGGAGGUCCCAGGGAGGCCCUCACCCAAGUGGAAAUGUAGGAGAAGAAAUCCGACCUUUGAUGAACCGGAAGCUGUCAGACAACCCUCCUCCCCGUCCCCAGCAGUACCCCCAACAUCAGCAGCCACCUCCUCCGUUCCCACCGGGGUCACAGCCUCCUCCACAGCAGCGGUAUCUGCAGCACCACCAUUUCCACCAGGACCGCCGUGGAGGCAGCCUGGACAUAAAUGAUGGACAUUGUAGCAUCGGCAGUGAGAUGAAUGCCACCCUGAUGCACCGGAGACAUACGGACCCCGUGCAACUCCAGGUGGCAGGGAGAGUGCGCUGGGCCCGGGCACUGUAUGACUUCGAGGCUCUGGAAGAAGAUGAGCUGGGAUUCCGAAGCGGGGAGGUGGUUGAAGUCCUGGAUAGCUCCAACCCAUCUUGGUGGACCGGCCGUCUACACAACAAACUGGGUCUCUUCCCUGCCAACUACGUGGCUCCCAUGAUGCGAUGAGUCCCGCUGGGCGACUAGAGGCUUUUUGUCUGAAGCUGCCUGCAAGAUACGGACAAGGGAAAAAGAGUUGGACUUUAUAACUAACUACACAUGCAUGCAUAUGAUGUACACGUGUGCCCGUGUGUACACAAAACAUGUAUAUGCAUGCCUAUGGCUACACACAACAUUUUCUAAUAGUAAUUUAUUGGCAGCUGGGUUGGUUCAUUGACUGGCAUGAGAAGGAACUCGAGGGAAGAAUGGGGUGCUUUUCCGGCUCUUCUCUGUGUGAGAGGGCAGGGAGCGGAGAGCAGGGCAGGAAAAUGGACUUCUCCCAACCCUUGAACUUUCACAGCUUCUUUCCUGGCUUGGGAACUUUCCAAGAGAGCAAGCAGCUAAGCAGAGGUCACACCCCAGCAAUGGACACACAGGACGGGGCUGGGCUUGGCGAGUAGGCCAUGUUAGGUAGCUCACCUGGCCCCGUCCAUCUACAGGGUAGCUUCCCCUCUGUUCUCCACAGAGCAGGCACUGCACCCUGAGAACUAAAGUUUAGCAGAUCCAGGGCCACAGGCACCAAGCAAGUCUGAGCAGGUAGCUGGCAAGGGCGUGGUCAGUCUUCUCAGCUUGGUGUGGGAGAGCCUUACAAGCCUCAGGCCUAGUCAAUGCCUGACAGAAACUUUUACUUUUCCACCAGUGACUGCCCAUUGGGUGAUCCCCUUCCCCUGUAGCUGAUGAGAGAGAGUGUCUCUAACAUGGAGACACCACAGAGACAAGUGCUAGGGAAUACAGGGCUUCUCCACAGACCCUUGUGGCUUGCUUGAAUGUAACUUCUGCUUUCCUGGCUGCAAAGAAAGCUGUAGCCUAGAUUCUAGGAAGUGCAGGGAGAAGCCCUGGCUGAGAAUGUGGGAUGUGUCAGCAGCCUCAUUUUGUGGUUAUAGGGGUUGUGUCUGUGGAGCGCUCUUGCUUUUUCCUCCUGAUUUUCUGUGAUUGAGGGGUGUCUUUGCCAGAGG